ACCAAUACCAUACCUUUUUUUUUUGUUUAUAUUUUGUGGAAGAGAUAAAUAUCUUUUAUGCUCUGUAAGCAAUAUUAGAUGAAUUUAGAUAUUUCUAAAUGAGUUUUCACGAGAUUCCAAAAAGUGUAUUAAAUACAGCGUGUGAAUUUCCAACUGAAUUUCAAAGCAAAAUAUUAAAAAUGGCUUUAGUAGCAAAUCAACCCACAGCACAGGAUCGAUCCAAAAUCAUAGAGAAUUUAUCAAACGAUAGUAAUAUACCUAAGGAUCGGAUUUAUGAAGUUCUUGGAAUAUAUAUAGGUUUAAUUCGCUGCUUUCUAGAAACAAGUGAUAAUGAAUUUAAUGCUAAAUUACUAGAAAUAGGCUUCACACCUGAUUUUGUACAACAGUUACCUUUCAUAGGACAUCGAGAAGAAAUUGUUAAAAAUUUAACAAACAAUUUUGACGUAGAUUUUGGUAAACUAUCAUCUCUUAAGUGGAAAAUUGAUAUUAGCUUAAGUAGUGCCCUCCUGAAAAAAGUUCCAACAAGUGUUAUACUGUGUUUAGUUUUAAAAAAUGGUGAAAAAUGUACUAUAGAAGUAGACGCCAAGUCGUUUCAUAAGUUAAGAUUUAAUAUUGCUCUUAUAUUAAAGGAGUUAACUUUAAUAAAAUCUAAUUUUUUUAAAUAAA